UUUUGAUUUCAGGGCAUAUCCUAUUGAUAAGUACCCUGGAAAAUGUCAACAAGCCCGAGCAAUCAUGUUGAUGAUAAUGAACAACCUUGACCCCAGAGUAGCUCAGUUCCCUCAUGACCUAGUUACCUAUGGAGGAAAUGGCCAGGUGUUUUCAAACUGGGCACAGUUUUUGUUAGUUAUGCAUUAUCUUUCAAUCAUGAGAGAAGAUCAGACAUUGGUUUUGUAUUCUGGACAUCCAUUAGGACUUUUCCCAUCAUCCCCUAGUAAUCCAAGGGUUGUCAUCACUAAUGGUAUGGUCAUACCAAAUUAUUCUUCACGCACCAGCUAUGACAGAAUGUUUGCCUUGGGAGUUACACUAUAUGGACAAAUGACAGCUGGUAGUUUCUGUUACAUCGGGCCACAGGGGAUUGUUCAUGGAACUAUGCUGACUGUUUUGAAUGCUGGCCGGAAAUAUCUUGGGCUUACCGAUUUAAGAGGCAAGGUGUUCUUAUCAUCAGGUCUUGGUGGAAUGAGUGGAGCCCAGGCCAAAGCUGCUAUUAUUUGUGGAUGUAUUGGAGUCAUAGCUGAGGUAUGCAUCAACAUAGCUUUUAUU